AUGGAGAACGUGAAGUUGGCCGUGAACGAGUGGGAGGACCAGGAGAAUUUCUGCCCUCUCACCAUCGCGAACGCCAACUCCCCGUGCUUCAACGACAACUGCCAGAAGUACGACACCACAAUGGAGCGUGAAACCUGCCGCACCCUGGCGCGCAGCUACUGCGCCACCGAGUGCCCCACACGGACGUUUCUCAAUGCCGACGGGGAGGAGGUGACGAUUCCCAUCUCCAUGGCCAACUGCAAGGACCGCGGCUGCAUCCAGCUUGGCAGCUUCGAGGCUGCAGCCGUGAACAACUCGAACACCCAGCUGAACACGGAUCCCAACGCCACGGGCGAGGCUCCUGAGAGCGCUUUCGAGUUCCAGCCUACGAAGAUCAAAACCAUGGUCGGCGGCCUGCAGUUGGAUGCCAACCAGAAGUACACCGGAGGGAAGUACUUGUCGGGCUUCUUCGCGCUGAACAAGGCCGAGCUCUUUUGCCCCACGGCAGGUGUCAAUGACCCCGUUGCGGACGAGUGGGAGAGGCGUGCCUUGUGCUUCAUGGGCGUGAACGCAGACACCCGGGCCGAGCCGAAAUUGGAUUGCCCCGAGGAUGACUUACUGAAGUUCAGUGGCUUGUUCCAGCGCUCCUUGGGUGACGAGUUCGGCAACGCCAUCCGCGGAGACAUUUCGAAGCUCACUGCUUCGUAUGGCGUGAUCAUUGUCUACUGCGCAAUCAUGAUCGGAAAGUGCGAUGCCAUCCACUCCGGCAUGUUCCUGUCCUUUGUGGCCGUGCUCAUCGUUGGCCUGACCAUUGGAAGUACCCUUGGCCUCAUGGGCUACUUCGGUGUGCCCAACGGCAACCUCAACAACAACCUCUACUUCCUGCUUCUGGGUUUGGGAGUUGACGAUGCCUUCGUGCUGAGCUCGGAGUUCCAGCGCCAUGCCCGCGAGGACAAGAGCAAAAGUAUCCCGGAGCGCAUUGCUGCCACCGCGCGGACGGGAGGCAUCUCUGUCCUCAUCACGUCGGCCACGGACGCUCUGGCGUUCUUGGUCGGUGCGACGACGGUGCUGCCAGCACUUGGCUGGUUCUGUACCUAUGCCGGUGUGUCCAUCGUCUUGUGCUACACCUUCCAGCUCACUGUGUUCCUGCCCUGCCUUGCCCUGAACGCUCGCCGUGUCGAGUCCAACCGCAUCGACUGCUGCUGUUGCUGCUCAGUGGCAGAGCGCUCAAUUGAGGAUCCACAGGGGUGCUGCCUCGGCUGCUGCCUCCCAAAAGCGGCUUUCAAGGGCGGCCAACUCUCCCGCGGCCUCAAGGCUUUCAUGACUCGCGUCACUACACCCGUGGGACAAGUGGUGACUUUCGUCCUUUUCGCAGCCCUGACGGGUAUGGGUAUCUGGGGAUCGACGAUGAUCUACAAGGACUUCAAGCUGGAGUGGUUCAUCCCAGACUCUUCCUACGUGAAUGAGUUCUUCAACAUCAACUCCGAGUUCUUUGCCACCGGCACCCCUAUCACGGUGAAUAUGCGGGACAACUUGGCCACCUUCGACGCCCAGGGGAACCUCAGGGAGAUGCACAACUACCUGACAACGACGAACCUGGUGAACCAGGACGUGGCAGUGGACAGCUGGUAUGAGGAGUUCAUGGAGUGGGCCGUGGACCCAACUCAGGCUGCCACCGCCAGCGCCGUCUUCACGCCUUCGCGAACCGAUCCGGAUGCUAAAUUCCAAGACUCGUCGGCAUUCUACACGGCUCUGUACACCUGGUACCGUGGCACCACCGGUUCUCGUUAUCGAGGCUCGAUGAUUUGGGCCUCAAGUGCAUGCAACUUGGACGCCGGCUCGGAAGUCGUUCCGAAUGGCUGCGUGAUUUCUGAUGGCCUGCGGGCUAGCCGCUUCAACGCCGAGCUCUCACUGGCAGCCACCGACAAGGGCACCAACCGCUAUGACACCAUGACUUCCAUGCGUCAAAGGUGCGACGAGCUCUACCCCGGCUCCUUCCCCUAUAGCUUCGACUUCCUCUACUGGGAGGAGGUUGGUGUCAUUGACGUCGAGCUGGUGCGCAACCUUCUUAUCUGCGGCGGCGUCAUCUUGGUUGUCAUCUUCGCCCUGGUGCCGGCUCCGCGCAUUGCCAUCUGGGUGGUUCUUUGUGUUGCCCUGUCCAUCGUGGAUACGCUGGGCUUCAUGUACUUCUGGGAUGUUACCAUCAGUGGCGUCUCCACCAUCUACCUCUUGAUCUGCGUUGGCCUCGCGGUGGAUUAUGCAGCCCAUAUUGCGCACAUGUUCAAGGAGUCCGUCGGUAGCCCCCGGGAGCGUGCGAUCUCCGCCAUCGAGCGCAUCGGGAAAGGGAAGGCCAGAGAGUCGGUCGCAGGGAUUCUACGCAUUUCUUGGGAUGGGGGAGUCGAAGGUGGAGCCUGCGUCAUGAACAUCGCAGAGGAGCAUAUAGAUCGUAUUCCAUCAGCCAGGAAGUUCAAUCUCCACCGAAUCGCGGCCCAUCCUCCGCCCGCUCCCGGCCUCGUCAACCGGGUCGCCGCUUCUUUCGCCGUCGCAGAAAAGGACGCCACGUGCUUGCUGAAUCAAAUCGGGGAUGAUAAUGAUAUCGCCUUCGAUAUAGCACCAGAUCAGCGCACUGUCGUCUACACCGAUGGCUCACAGAUCGGCUUCGCCGACAUUACCGACCCCUACAGCCCCACCGGAACGGGUUUGAGUACCAGCUUCUGGAGCCCCAACGACGUGGCAGUCAAGGACGAUACGUUUGCCUUAGCCAUACGCCGCGAGCAGCUGAUCGUCGUUAAUAUUACGUCUCAAACCUCCGUGCACACCAUUGAGCUUGGAGAAAGGGCAAAUGACAUCACUAUCAGUCCAGACAGAACGAUUGCGGCCAUUGCGACUGACGGUAGCUACAUGGUCCAGGUGAACAUCUCUGAUUCGAACCCACUGGCCUGGACAACGCAGGAAAUAAGCGACAUUACGAACAUUACAUACGACGGCGCCAAGGUUGAAAUUCGGGCAGACAACAUCGCAGUGCUGACCCUGCAGAGCAACUCCGUGCUCAUACUGAACCUGACGGAUGCCACAAUCCUCAACAGGUUCUCUGCCGGCGAAGUGAAUGUCACUGGCAUCGACACGAUUGAGGACGGCUUCAUCACCUUGAACUCCAGCCUCACGAAUGCAAGGCGGGAGCCGUGGGGUGUUGCUUGGCUCGGUGAUUCCACCUUCUUUGCUACGGCGGACCGGCGCAGUCGAGGCUUCAGCAUCUUCGACCAGAGUGGAGAGCUUGUCUUCACUUCGGGGAAUCAACUUGAGCAGUUGGCUGUUUCUCUUGGCCACUAUCCUGAGUCAACUGCGGAUGAGACCAGCAUUGACGUUCGGAAUGUGGAGUAUGGGACGGUCGACGGUUGCCAGAUGCUCUUCGUCCAGUGUAUUAGGGCGAGCCUCACCUUCGUCUUUGAGGUUUCGGACCCUUCAAAGCCCGAAUUCUUGCAGGUAUUGCCCGCCAUCAUGAGGCCUAGCCAAGGGAAGCUGGUGCCCGACCGACAUCUUUUUGUUUCGAUCUCGGAAGGAACUACCUAUUCAGACAUUGAAGCAGGCUUGGACUUGUACCAGUGUUCACGGUGGCCGAGGCAGUUUCCCUUCCUGGAGUCCCGAGACACAGAAGAUGGCACGCCCAUUGGAUGGACGUCUGUGGCCGGCCUAACCGGUGAGGAAGACGGCACGUUGUAUGGCAUCGAGGGUGACGAAAUGGAGGUGCAGACGCAAAUCCUAGUUAUUGACAGUCACCAGCAACCUCCGCUGAUCACAGAAGCCAUCUCCGUGACAUACCCGAAUGGCAGCUUGGUGGAGAAGUUGCAGUCUCAGGGGAUCGAGCGCAUCCCCUCAGGCUUCGCGAUUGUCGAGAAGUCUGGGCGUCUGCAUCUUCUCAGCACCUCCGGUGUGCUUCAGGCGUCCUUGGAGGUCCAAGUCUUCGGCAGCCUCAGCGGCGUGGCCUACGAUCCGAGUCUUGGUCUCCUUCUUACGGACACCAGCGGCUUCGUGCAGUUGUGCGAUUUGCAGCCGGCCUGUGGCUUGCGCAACUUCAGCUACGCGGUGGAUGCCAUUGAGUCGCAGGACACUGACGCUUCGGUGGAGCUGCAGGACGUGGCAGCGAUAGGGAAUGGCACCUUCCUGUUCCUGGAGACAGACGGCCAAGGCAUCUUUGAUGCCGCAGUCGGCAGGAUUUACAAGGCAGAGCUCCCGCAGUCUGGGGGCAACCUAUCGAAGUCUUUGGUGGCUGACUUCUUGUUGGACCUGAUCGACCUACGAGGGCCGGUGCUGCAGGACUUCAACAACCUGGCUGUGACUGGCCUUGUCGGACAGGAGGAGGGGCGCAGGAUGUGGAUCGUGAACGACAACGGAGGCUACCAGGAUAGAAUGGACGAGGCGACGGUGAUAUUGUUGACGAGGGCGAUCUUCUUGUGCCUGCUCCUCAUCGGCUGCCGGGCAGUGCAGGAAGACGCCUGCGAUGAUGAUGGCUCAGCUUCGCUUCAGGUGACAAAGGAGGAAGCUGGGCCUCCACCGAAUCGCGGCCAGCGGUUUCCCCACGCCCGGCCACAUUCACCCGGUCGCCGCUUCUUCCGGCGCCACAGAAGAGCCCACAACGGCGUUUACCAUCGGCAGAAGUGGUCGACCGAACCACCCACGACACCGGCUCCCGAACCUGGGAAGCAGUGUUGCAUCUUCAAUCGCAUCGGGUUCUUCGCAUUUAAGACGCAGGAGGACGUGCAAAAUGAUAUUUGGGGUGCAAAUUCCUUCGAUAUAGCACCAGAUCAGCGCACUGUAGUUUACUCCGAUCACACACAGGUCGGCUUCGCCGACAUUACCGACCCAUACAGCCCGGAAGGAGCAGGCUUGAGUACCAGCUUUUGGAACCCGGAUUUUGUGGCAGUCAAAGACAAUACGUUUGCUUUAGCCACACGCCGCGACCGGCUGAUCGUUGUUAACAUUACGUCUCAAACAUCCGUGCACACCAUCGAGCUUGGAGAACGGGCAUCUGACAUUGCUAUCAGCCCAGACAAAACGAUUGCGGCCAUUGCGACUGAAGGUAGCUACAUGGUCCAGGUGAACAUCUCUGAUUCGAACCCACUGGCCUGGACAACGCAGGUCAUAAGCGACAUUACGAACAUUACAUACGACGGCGCCAAGGUUGAAAUUCGGGCAGACAACAUCGCAGUGCUGACCCUGCAGAGCAACUCGGUGCUCAUACUGAACCUGACGGAUGCUACAAUCCUUGACAGGUUCUCUGCCGGUGAAGUGAACCUCACUGGCAUCGACACGAAGGAGGACGACUUCAUCAACCUGACCUCCAGCCUCACGGAUGUUAGGCGCACACCAUACGAUGUUGCUUGGCUCGGGGAUUCCAGCUUCUUUGCUACGGCGGACCGGCGCAGUCGAGGUUUCAGCAUCUUCAAGCAGAGUGGAGAGCUUAUCUUCACUUCGGGGAAUCAGCUGGACUACCUGGCCGUUUCUCUUGGUCACUAUCCUGAGUCAGACUCUGACGAGGGAGAUGCAAGCAUUGAUGUGCGGACUGUGCAGUUCGGCACCGUCGACGAUUGCCAGAUGCUUUUUGUCCAGUGUAUCAGGUCAAGCCUCACCUUUGUCUUUGAGGUCUCCGACCCUUCUAAGCCCGAUUUCUUGCAGGCACUGCCCGCCGUCAGAAGGCCUGCGCAAGGGAAGGUGGUGCCCGACCGGUAUCUCUAUGUCUCGAUCUCGGAAGGACAUUCGAGCUCCAGUCGGGACAUUGACUCAGGUUUGGACUUGUACCAGUGUUCAAGGUGGGCUAGACAGUUUCCCUUCCUGGAGUCCGGAGACGCAGAAGAUGGCACGCCCAUUCCAUGGACGUCUGUGGCCGGCCUCACAGGGGAGGAAGACGGCACGUUGUAUGGCAUCGAGGGUGAUGAGCUGGAGGCGCAGACGCAAAUCCUGGUUAUUGACAGUCAGCAGCAACCUCCGCUGAUCACAGAAACCAUCUCCGUGACAUACCCGAAUGGCAGCUUGGUGGAGAAGUUGCAGGCUCAGGGGAUCGAGCGGAUUCCCUCAGGCUUCGCGAUUGUCGAGAAGUCUGGGCGUCUGCAUCUUCUCAGCACCUCCGGUGUGCUUCAGGCGUCCUUGGAUGUCCAAGUCUUCGGCAGCCUCAGCGGCGUGGCCUACGAUCCGAGUCUUGGUCUCCUUCUUACGGACACCAGCGGCUUCGUGCAGUUGUGCGAUUUGCAGCCGGCCUGUGGCUUGAGCAAUUUCAGCUACGCGGUGGAGGACAGCGUCCCGGUGGAGCUACGAGACGUGGCAGCCGCAGGGAAUGGUGCCUUCCUGUUCCUGGAGACAGAUGGCCAAGGCGGAUUUGAUGCUGCAGUUGGCAGGAUUUACAAGGCUGAGCUCCCGCAGUCUGGAGGCCAGUUAUCGAAGUCUUUGGUGGCAGACUUCUUGCUGGAUCUGACCGACCUCCGGGGGCCAGUGCUGCAGGACUUCAACAGCAUGGCCGUGACUGGCGUGGUCGGAGCAGGGAAGAGGCGAAGAAUGUGGAUUGUGAACGACAACGGAGGUUACUCCAGCACAAGCUGGGAAACCCAACUGAUAUCUCUGCGCACGCGCCUCGACUAG